CGAGAACGGCGGCACUGGGGAGGAGCGCGCGAUUCGUCGGGGCUCCCUCGGCGUCGUUCUGUCGCGGCUUGAGAGUCUCGCCGAUUUUUCGCGCGCGCCUUUUCCACCGCGCGUAUUCUAGCGGCUGAUUCGACGCGCGCUCCGCUACGCGAUCCACACCAGCCGAUUGCAUAUGGCGGCGAGCGAUUGAGGAAGUGUUUGUCUGUUUGCGGAGUGGUAACCCCCCCGCGGUAUACUAUCGGUGCGGCUGCCGCGAAAUUGCAGAUACGCGAUUAUUACGAGCGGAACGGAUCGAGCGACCCUGCGAAGCGCGAACCGACGAGCGGCUCCGGCGGGACGCGACACGAUGCUGCGCGGAUGCGACAGCGGCGUUUCUCCCUAACCUCCCCGUCAGUCUCUCGCCGUGUGGAGGAGAGUGUAGUGCAGCAGACAUGCCACCGACAAAAAAGACUGAUCUAGACAAGCUAGCUUGGGCAUGGGUGGAGAGCAUCAGCCCGGAACAGAUCGAGAAGAUACAUCUGGAAACGGCGUACAGGAUCGGAUUGAAGAGUUGCAAAAGUUGCAAACGUAACUGCGCCAAUAAUCCCCAAUGUCUGACAGGUUUAGGGGAGGAGAAGUACAUGAAGUCGCAACCAGCCGAGAUAGUGUCCCUGGAGAGCUCUCUGUCCGAACUGCGCGAUCCCACCCAGUACGUUGGCUUGAAAAAUCUAGGUGCUACUUGCUACGUCAACAGUUUGAUCCAAAUGUGGUUUCACAAUGAGGACAUGAGGAGAAUAAUAUACAAAUGGGAUAUUACGGAAGAUCCGGAGGAGAGGGAGACGUUGCAACAGACGAAGAAGGCGGGCAACUCGUACCACCCGGUGACCGCAGUCGGCCAGUUGCAGUACAUCUUCGCGAUGAUGCAAUUCGGCAAUCGGAGCCUCCUCGAUCCGAUGAGUCUCGCGGUCGCGCUGUCGCUGGACACCAGAACGCAGCAGGACGCCCAGGAGUUCUCCAAACUGUUGCUGUGCCACAUCGAGGGUAAGCUGCAGCAGAACACGGAACUCAAGCAGAUGCUGCAGAGGCUGACCCAAGGAAGAUACAGUUACGUCAAUUGUUGUUCAACAUGUGGCACCGAAUAUCCGACGUCUACCACGUUCUACGAGCUAGAUCUGCAGCUGGCGGCGACUUUGAAGGAGGCGAUAGACAAGUAUCUGUCGGAGGAACAGCUGACCGGCGCGAAUCAGUACCACUGUGUCACGUGUAACGAUAAGAAGGACGCGAGGCGAUUCAUACGACUGGAGUCGCUGCCGGAGACGCUGAACAUCCAACUGAUGCGUUUCGUGUUUCACAGAGAUUCCGGACAGAAGAGGAAAUUAAAUUCGUAUAUCCAAUUUCCCGAGGACCUCGACAUGUCGGAAUACGUCAGGUGUCAGCCGCAAACUCACUUGUACAGUCUCGUCGCGGUGCUGAGUCACAAAGGCCCGUCCGCGCAUUCCGGGCAUUACAUCGCGAACAUAUGCAACUCGAGCGGCGAAUGGUACCAGUUCAGCGACGACAAAGUCGAGAAGAUGCAGAACAAGCGGAUCGAGGAUGGCGUGAAUGAUAACGUGAAACCGAUGAAACGCGGACGCGUCCCGAAAGGCUUUCUCUCGUCGAAUACGGCUUACAUGCUGGUUUACAAAAGAUUAACUUCGGACUGCCGGACGAAUGCUGCGAAGAAAGCGAAGUCGAAGAAGCCCGACGAGACAAACGCUUCCGGCGAUGCCGUUCACGUGGAGAAGCCCGCGGUCAAAGACGAGGUCAAAGCGGACGGUUCGGACGAAACGAGGCAAAAGAAUGAUGUCGAAGUGCCAUCGAGUGCCCAGGAAGGAUGCCUCGAAAAUCUAUCAAAGGCAGAUUCGGAGAGCGAGACGGAACCAAAUGAAGUUGCAGCACCUCAAAAGACUGAUACACCUAUCGUGGUUAAAAACGAAACCGCGGAGCCUGCCGCUGACGCGAACGAAUCGAGCGACGACAAGCACGACGAUUCCACCUCGCCGCAGUUGCAGAGCAAGGUUCAAUGCUUGAAGCAACCAGUAGUAAAAGUAGUGAAACUCGACUACAAGCGACUGAAUGGCGCCGCGCACCGGGCGAUGAGUUGCGGCGAACGAGAUUUUUACGAAGAGAUGGAGUUUGAGAACUGGCAAGUGAGCAACACGAUGCGCGAGCUCGUCAGGCAGGAGAACGUUAAACACGAAUUGAGUUUGUUGGCGGCGCAGCAGGAGAAGCAAAAGGAAAUCGAAGAUCAGAAUUCUAAACGGCAGCUCGUGAUAGACAUAUAUAACAUGAUACAGUCGACUGUGUCCUGGCAGGAGUACUACUGGAUACCAACCGAUUGGCUGUCGAAGUGGCUGAACGGGCACUACGCGGCGGACAGUGUCCCACCGAUCGACAACUCGACUCUCAUGUGCUCGCACUACCGACUGGAUCCGUUGAAAGUCAGUCGGGCGAAGUGCGUGCCGGCGACGGCGGCUGAGAUGAUCUACGAGACGUAUCGUGGCGGUCCACGAUUAGACCAAACGUCGCUGUGUGAGAUCUGCGUGAGGAGACGCUGCAAGCUGCUGCGCUUCAAGCUGGCGCUCGAACGGGAUCACAAAGAAGUCAGCGAGCUGAUACGCACGUUCAAGGAACCUUCCGAGUCGAGUUACAUAAUCGGCACCGACUCGUUACGAUCCUGGCGGAGGCUGGCCAUGGAGACGUUCCUGGAGGGCAUGGAGCAGGAGAUGGACGACGGUCGGUAUACUCCGCAGGAGGAAAGCAAAAGCAUAGACAAGGAUGGCAACGAUUGUCCGAAGGACAACAUCGAGGAGAACGACGAGAGCGAGGCCAUCAUAAACUUCAAUGAGGACCUGCUGUGCGAGCAUAAUUCACUGAAGACUGCGGAUUCCAGUAGGAGAGUGAUACCACAGGAAGCUUGGUCGAUCCUUCGGAAGUACUUUCCCGAUUCGAAGGAGUAUCCGGUUCAGUCGUCGUCGUGUUCGAUCUGCGAGGAGAGAAUGGAGAACGCACAGAGAGCGAAGAAGGACGACAAGAUAAAGGCGAAGCAGCAGAAGGACCAGCUCAUCGACUUGUACUACUGCAGGAACCGAAACGAGAUCUCCAAGUGCGACGACCCGGGCAAGCUGUUCUACAUCGUGGAGAAGGGCUUCCUCGACAGCUGGCGUUCCUUCAUUCGAUACGCCGAGAUCUACUCACGAACGCCACCGGCAGGUAUUCAGAACGCGUCGCUGCUCUGCGAGCCGCACAAAGGGUUCCUGUAUGCGCCCAGAAUCAACAACGACCUAUACAGCAUACUUACGGCGGAAGAAUGGUCGAAGCUCGCGCAAUUCUACGAGGUCGAUUUUCCUAUCACCAUAAAGAAGACUGACGACGACUAUCAGACGGAUCCCGGAUCAUGUGCAGCCUGCAUGUUAGCAAGGGUCGAACAGGAGCGACUGGAGAGCUUAAAGUACGACAGAGCGACGAUCUACAUCAAGUGUAUCGACGAGAACGGUGAAACUAAAACGGAGAACGAUUCAGAGGUAGCGGCAAAGAGGCCAAAAAUAGAGAACGUACGUCCGUCGCGAACCAGGAGAAAAUUGAAGGGCUCCCACGAGCUCAAAGUGUCAUCCGAGAUUACCUUAAAGGAACUCAAAGUGAUGAUGAUGCAGAUCUGCGGCGCCGGGCCCUAUGAUCAACACAUAAUGCUGGGGGAACACGAACUCACUGAUCAUAGUCAGAGCUUGGCGGCACUCGGGAUAUUUCCUGGCUCGCUGCUCACGUUGAAGAUCGAUGCGCCGAUAGAAAACGAAACUGACGUUGAGUCCGACGUCCACAACUUCGAGUCUACCUUGCCAGAGAAGGGUUUCAAAGGAACGGAGCUGGUGCCGAGCUGAUCUGUGUGAUCCGACAUAAAUAUGUAGCUAAUUUCGUUUAACGUUUAAUAAUGAUAGCCGAUUUAACGCAAGAUAUUUUUAUACAUGAUCUAUAUAUAUGUAUAUUGUGUACACACAAUAUAAAUAUAUGUAUAAAUAUAUAGAUACCUAAUCCUUAUACGCCCGUUACCAGCAGAUUGUGAAAAGGAAUACAAUUCUAUAUGCUGUGUGUGUUACAUUUAUUAUAUAAAUCUGUACAAUCUAUUUGUUAAGACGGAGUAGCUGCGAUGAUAUUUGUGAAAGAGAGAUGCAAAGAUAGAGAAACACAAGAACAAUGAAAGAGAGAGAGAGAGAGAUAAUUUGUUGAUUUAUUAUUAUUACAGUGACUUUAUGAUUUAUCAGGUUCUUAUGGAUUAUAGAGAAAAUAAAGUAGAAACCUGUUAACGUAUCUCUCCUGUUCUCGAUUUAUACAUAAGAUCGAAAUGAUAUCCAUGCGCUUGUGUGUAUAAAUGCGACAUAAUGAUUUUAUAGAUUAUAUAUUAUAUAUAUUACAUAUACACAUAUUAUACACAUACAUACAUACAUACAUACACAUUACACACAUACACGUAUGUUCGUUCAGUACGCAUGAUUCGAUAAUACGGAUGCGAUAUUUAUUGUUAGUGCGUUUUAUACGAUUUCCAAUCUUGCACUUGCAAUUGCACAUGUAAUUCCUUUCGAUUCCAUUUAGGCAUGUCCGCGAUAUGUAUUUUACUAAAUAGCACCGUCUUUUACUGGGAGCAGACAAAAUUGUACGUACCAACGUAAAAUAUGUUAUUGCAUAAUAUUCUAUUUAUGUGUUACACGCGCGCCACCGUUCCUCCCAGAAAGGUGAUUUUACGAUGCAAAGAACGUUUUUAUUUUGUAUUCUCUGUGAUUCCUCUCAUAUAAUUUUCGCAAUAAAACUCUGUACACACAGGAUAAA